GGCGGCGGCAACAAAAGUCGUCGAGGAGGAGAAGAGGUUGCGAAUUGGCCGGGCGGAGGAAGUGCAGUGCAGUUCAGUGCAGUGCAAGGUUUGGGGAGAUUGGUCAAGAGUGAAUAAGCAGUAGGGCAGGACGGUUGGGUAGUCGCCCUAAGAAGGAAAGAUCACCCGCGAUAGGCUCAGGCGCCCCAAGUUGAAUUGAAUGAGCGGUGAUGGGGGGAGGAAAGAUGGGAGAAAUUGGCGAAAGAGCUGGCAGGGAUGGCAGAGAUGAUGGAGUAGAAGAAGAUGCGCUAGAUGGAGGGAUAGGCAAGGCAAGUGCAGCAGGUCAGGCCAGGAUGGUCAUGCAUCCGUCAAAUCAGGAGAUGCCCGCCCGCGUGUAUACAAAACGCUUUUGGGGGGUAAGCGAAGGCAGGCUCUUGGCAUUCGACGCCACAAGCGUGUCGACGGCACGCCAAGCACGUCCGCAUCAUCUCAAAACCCGCAGCGUCGUCGCUCCUCCGCUGCCACGUCGGCGCUUUGAAACGGGCGGCCACGCAACAUCCCCACCCACCUCUCUCUUGGCAGGCAUGCUAUCCGUGCCGCUCGUUCCUCAUCCCCAAUUUCCAGACGCGCCUACUCGCCCCGCAAAUGGCAUGGGAGGCCCUAAUAAUCCAACGCGCGAUGUAACUGGGCUACAGCACAGUACCAGGUACAGAAGUACCUUAUCACUAGCUACAUGACUCUCUCUUAUUAAGAACUUCUUCGCCAUCGCUGCG